AUGCUUGUCGCAGCGGUAGUCCUCUCUGUGCUGGGGGCGGUAUCGUCGGCUGUCAUCACCAACACAACUGGACAAACGAUACAGGGCAUAGGCGCCUCCGGCGCGUGGUGGCCGAACGAUCUCUAUUUCUUCCCGGAGUCAUCUCGGCAAGAAAUCGCUCGACUGCUGUUCGACCCCGACAUUGGUCUCGGGUUAACAGACUCUAGGUACAAUCUCGGCGGCGGGGGCGUCGGAGUGACCACCUUUGCUAGGGCGCCGGAGACUCCGUAUAUCAGUGAUGGUGUAUACAACUUCUCUGCUGAUCCCCAAGGGACAUACUUCCUGCGAGCCGCAGCACAGUACAAAAUACCCUUGAUCACCUUGUUUGUCAACAGUGCGCCCGUGAGCAUGACCAGUAAUAGUCAAAAUUGUGGAGGCAACCUCAUCACGGACAGGAUCCCGGCCUACGUUCAAUAUUUGACGGACGUGAUCAAGUACUGGUCCACUCAAGGAGUCAAUAUCACUCAUGUCUCCCCUAUGAAGUGGGCCUUAGACAAUAACUUCGGGAGUUGUGGCCAAGAGGGUAUGCAGGUCGCGGUGGGACAACGGGCACAAGUAAUCAACACCCUCGCGGCUGCCCUCGCCAACGAAGGUCUCUCCACCAGAGUCAUCGGGGACGAGAGUUCCACCACCUGGAAUUUCAUUCCAGAAGCCCCUCUUUGGCUACCGGGCGUGACCCCAGGCGCGCUCGCUGGAGUCGCGCAUCAUCAGUACACCUUCGCGGGCGACGCUUCUAUAGCUCUAUUGGGUUCUGAAGCUAGGUCCCUGAGUGGCGGUGUCGACUCCUGGUUCACUGAGAUCUGCUGUAAUCAAGCCAACAAUCCCCUCGCUACGUUGACGUACGGCGCGAGCUAUGAUCCCACCAUGGUCUCUGCCCUUCGCAUGGGCAACCUCAUCUGGCAAAGCUUUACGCAGGCAGAGGACGCCCACUGGGAUUUCUGGACCGCCCUGAGCAGCGAGUACGGGUCAUGCACGCCGUCGACCAACGCAAGCUGCGUCAACGAGCGGAAUUACGACGGCUGGGACGACGGCAUAAUCUACUACGACCCCAACUACAACACCACCCACUACUACACCUUCUCCCUCCCGAAGCGCUUCCCCGUGCUCAAGCACUUCACGAGCGCCGUGCCCGUCGGCGCCACCCUGCUCAACGUCACCACCGUCGAGACCAACUGGCGCGUGCUGGCCUUCACCGCGCCGGGGACGAGCCGGCUGUCCUCCGUUGUGGCGAUGAACGCGCAGCAGAGCCCCUCGACGCUGACGCUCAGCUUGGAGGGCGGGAGGCUGGCCCAACCCAGUAGGGCGUUCAUGACGGAUGCGGGCGGCGACUAUGUCCCGAUAGCGCUCAGUCUUGCGGCCAACGGGAGCUUGGUUAUUCAGGCGCCUGCCAUGAGUAUCUAUACCAUAUUCUUUUGA